AUGCAGUAUUUAGUGCUCUUCAUCGUUGCUUCAGUGCUGAGCUUGGGACAUGCGCGACCGCAAGGACCUGCCACAGAGCCAAUACCGAUAAUACGACAGGAGCAGGAAGUCAAUUUCGACGGCUCCUAUAAAUACAGCUAUGAAACGGGCAACGGCAUCAACGUAGAGGAAGAGGGCUACCUCAAGAACGCUGGCACUGAUAACGAAGGACAGGUCGCGCAGGGCUUCUUCUCGUACACCUCACCCGAGGGUGUACCCAUACGGAUUACCUAUCUGGCCGACGAGAAUGGCUUCCAACCACAGGGUGAUCAUUUGCCCACACCUCCGCCCAUUCCCCCAGCCAUCCAAAAGGCUUUGGACUACUUAGCCACAGCGCCUCCGCCACAAGAUCAGCCUGCCGCUUUUAAUAAUAAUCGCAGAGGUUAA